AUUUGAGGCAAGCAACCAAAGAGCCCUAUUUUUAAUUAUUAAUUGAUAAGACGUACCUAUAACUAUGCCUCAUCUACACCGCAUGUUACCCCCCCAUUUAUAUGAACUGAUUAAUGACUACCCCUAUAUAAAUUCAACAUCAAUUCUCUCUCUCCUUUAUUCAUUUUGCAUGUCACACUUUUUGAUUUUGCAUUUUGACUCCCUGUAACUGGAGAAAGAUUUAUCUUUCUUUCUUUUUUUUUUUUAUUUUUUUUUAUUUUUUUCUAUAGGCGCAGAAAAUUUGUAUCUGUGCAAAAAAAAUAGUUAAGCGGGAUUUUAUAAAUACACCAUCUAUUUUCACUUUGGUUUACAAUAAGAUAUAUUAACAGUAUUUAUAUACUACCUUUUUUUUCAUUAGGACUACUUACAUUCUGCUCAACCGGAUGUUCCGCAUAGCCUUUGGAUUACCUUCUGUGAGGACUGGGUUCAUCACCCGAGGAGUCCGUCCUGGAAUUAUCCAUUCAAGUCCCCAGAACAUAUAUCAAUACAGUAAGAUAACAUCAGGGAUUAUAUUAAAUAGGAGGUUAUUUCAUGUUUCCCAACCACAACACAACAUACCCCCAUCAUCAAAUGAAUUCAAAAAUUUACUGAACAAAUCAAGCACAAAUACCAUUAAACAACCAUCUACCCCAGAUUCUAUCAAGAAACCAGAAAUUACUAAAAGUUUAUUACUUGCACAAACUUCAAAUGGACUUUCUAGGUUACUUAUCCAUAUUAAAUGGCCCUUGACCAGAAAUAAUAGACCCUUUUCCGCUGAUGAUUUUUCAGCAUUUGCAUCUUGGGUAGUGAUGGGGAAUUUACUUUGGAUUAUUCUUGGUACAACUACAUUUGUACUUUUCGGUAUGUAUUUAGUUGAUAUGGUAAAGAAUGUUUGGGAAUUAUUCCAGAAGGAUAAUCAAAAUAGCGAAACUAAGACCGAAAAUAUUGAUGAUAGUUUCCUUGGAAGAAUAACUGGAUCAAUUUUAUCCAAUGGAUUAGGACUCAAGGUAGAGUUUCAAAAUGGAAGUGUAUUGCCUGAGCUUCAUGAUGGGAUGUUAAGAUUUAGAAACAUAAACGUUAGCACUAUUGAAACAUCAAAUGAUGGAGAAGAAGAAGAUGAAACUAGUCGAGUUCUACUGAUGAAGGCAAAUAUCGAUCAAAUGGAUGUAUCACUUUCAUUUGGGAAAUGGUAUGAAGGUAAGGGGUUAAUUGAAGAUCUUGAACUUUAUGGAAUGAACUGUAAAGUGUACAAGCAAAGCCUGAAGGUUGAUGGAGAAGAGGUUCCAAUGACAAAUAAUUUAGUUUCUUCUUCAUCAGUAUGGAAUUUUGGUAGAUAUAAUGAAAGUGCAAAUUUCCAUAUUAGUGAUGAUUUGGAUCAAGAAACUCAACUUUUAAAAGACGAAACGAAACCACCUGUACAUAGAAAGUUUCAUAUUGAUCCAGAUUAUACAUUAAAUCAUUUCAAGAUUCAUGAUUCAUUUAUUGAAAUAUUUGAUACAGAACCUAAGAAAUCUCCCUUAAGAGUUACAAUUUUUAAUUGUGAUUUACCUGGUUUAAGAGGUAAUAGACUUUUAAUUGAUUUCUUCAAUGCAAACAAUGUUACAGGAGCGAUUAAUGAUUCCAUGUUUACCAUUCAUAAACAUCAAAAAUUAUAUAAUAAUUCACCUGAAGAGGAAGAUACUUCUGACAAAAUGGUGCGGUUUAAGUUGGAUGGUAUAGAUUUGGGGUCUAUAUCAAGAACAAACCCACUGCUGAAAUUUAAUUGGAUUGUCAAUGGAAGAGCUCAAAUCAUUGCUGAUAUUGUUCUCCCACAAGAUAAAAUGGAACCAAAUUUCAAUUUUGGUAAUGAAUACAAGAAGUUCACCAAUAUGUUUUCUGAAGCAAUUAAUGAACUUACCACUAUCACAACCUCUCAUUCAGAUAAUACUGACCAUGGUAUUGGAUCUGAACCAUCACAUAUAGAUGAGAAUAUUGUCGAUAAGAAACUUCUUAAGAGUGCAUUAGCUGCACUUUAUGAUACUUUCCAACCAGAAAGAGAAGAAGGAGUUGAUUCAAUAUCUGAAUAUGUGGUGGUAAAUUUCAAAAUCAAAUUAUAUGAUUUAAAGGCUUCAUUACCGCAACAACUUCCAUGUGCAUCUACCACUUCAUCUCCAUUUAUAUCACUUCACAACUUGAGAACACUUAUUGCAUUUGUGAAUCAUUAUUUUGACUCAGAAAACAAACCUCCAAUCACCAUAAAGACCACUGUUAUUGAGAAAUUGUCUGAAUUGUCCCAUGCAUCAAAUCUUUCAGAAACAAAAAUUCUUGAUUUAAUUUUCAGUGAUAUUUAUGAAGAUUUAAAUAAAAUGGUUCAAAUGGAAGAAAAGCGAAUCAUAAAUGAAAGAUCUUCCAUGUGGUCACACUCACUUGCAAGUCAACUAUUGUUGCUUGGAUUAGGUGUAAUUGCAUAAUUAUAAUGACUUAAUGUAUAUUUAUUUAUCAGAAAGAAAAUAGAUUAUAAUCUAU